CUGGAGAAAAAAUAAAAAUAAUAUUAAUAUAGAUUAGUACCCUCCUGAAGUUACUUGACUUGAUUUUAAAGUGCUGCCAAAGGUGGAAGUGUUCUACUCAUUUGUCUGCCAUGAAAGCAAAAUGGAUGACGAACAGAAACCCCCUUACAGGGUGCAAGCCAAAGACAUCACGUCAUCCGAAGCGGAGGCGAUCGCCAUCCGCCCCAUGCUCACCAACGCUGACAGAUACGUGACGGUGCUCCACUCACCCGCCUCUGACUACCACAUCCUGGACUUCCUGGGCGAGGGCACCUUCGGCGACGUGGUCAAGUGCUUCAAGACGUCCACCAGGGAGGAAGUCGCCGUCAAGGUCUUCAAGCACAUCGACGCCCCGGAAGAGUUUGAGAAGGAGGUCAGCACGCUGAAGACGUUAAUGGCCUUUGACACGGACAAGUUCAACCUCAUCCAGUGCAAGAGCAUGUUUGUGGACAGAAAUGUGGACAGAGUCGACAGACUGUACAUGUGUCUUGAGUUUGAAAUGUUAGACAUCAACCUGUGGGACUUCAUGAACACCAGACCCACCAAGUGCCUCCUUGUCAAGGAGAUCCGACCCAUCCUGCAUCAGCUGGCCGUCGGCCUGCAUUUUCUGAACAGUAUUGGACUUAUCCACGCAGACCUGAAGCCCAACAACAUCAUGAUGGUGGAGCACGUCAAUCGGCCAUACAAAGUCAAAAUCAUCGACUUUGGCCUGGCCCAGCACAUCUCCGAGACCAACCAGGGCCGACACUUUCAGAACCGCCGCUACAGGGCUCCAGAGAUCAUCCUCGGUUUGCCAUACUCAGAGGCCAUCGACGUGUGGUCUCUCGGUUGCAUUAUGGCAGAGUUAUUUCUGGGUUCCGCACUUUUCUACAGCACCUGCGAAUACGACAUGUUGAGAAAGAUCGAGCACAUCCUUGGUCACUUUCCACAAAGACUACUGAACAUUGGACUCAACACUCUUUCCUUUUACAAGAAAGAGAGAAGCUACCAUACAUUUCGCUGGAAACUGAAGACGCCCAACGAGUACGGCUUCGUAACCUGCACCGACACUUUUAUCAACUCUCUGGACGACCUUUGCAAGAUCAGACAAGUGGUCCACCUGUCGAACGAGGAUACCACAGCAGAAGCUCAAGACCAAGAGAGUUUUGUGGAUUUGCUAAAACGGCUCCUGAGGCCUGACGCCAGCCAGCGACUGAUCCCCGGUCAGAUUCUCCAGCAUCCCUUCGUCACCAUGGCCGGCCUCGCACUCAGCCACGCCAACAGCUUCUAUCUGAAACUGAGCUGCGAAAUGAUGCAGGCCUGUCAGAAUUCCAGCUUUCGUACUGAAGCCGAUACGUCUCUGGCCCCGCACCACGAGACCGUAAGCACUCAUCCCACUUGGUGGAGCCACGGAGAACAUCCUGAAAUCGUGGGGAUCUCGUCUCGCAUUUCAAGGGGCCUCAAUCUGGACAACCUAACCUCAGAUCCGCAGAUGAUGCUCUCAGAUCGGCUCCGUUUGGUCAGACUUCACAGGUCUCCACCUCAUGAUAAGAUGUACCACAUGGAAGGAAGACCACAACAGAAAGAGGAUCAGGACUCAGUCCAAGAGCAAAGAGGGCGUUCCUCCAUGAUGACCACAGAAGUGGCUAAAUCUGAGCCUUCGUUACAAAAGAGCAACCAGAUGUCUAAAAGUACCGACAGAGAUGGGAAUCGAAACAAAAACCCCGAUAGUGACCAGACACCAAAGGACAUUCCCAAGCAGUUUAACGAAUCUUCAAAGACCAGUAUGGAAACUGCAAAGUCUUCAGUCCCAAGGAGCAUCAAGAAACACAACAAUAAAUGGAAAUGGAAGACGAAGCCAGACAAUGGCCACACGCCAAUAGUAGGAAAGGGAACACUGAAAAGCAGGAGGCCAAGUUCACUCAACACCGCCAGGGACUCACCAAUAACAAAGAAGAGAAAACUGAACCCAAAAGAUGAUGCUAAUACAUCUAACUGGACAAGAACCGAGUCCACGGCUAAAGCUACAGAACCCAGUGUACACACGACUCAUGAUGGCAUCCCGACGCAAAGUCAAACUCCAAAGACCAAGAGGGCACGCAACUGGAAAAGGAGUAAUAAAUCCUCGGGGAAAUCGAAGGCUACCGCCAGCGAGAGCAAAACCAAACCUGCAACCAAAACACAGACACCUUUUAGAACUGCAAACCCCAAUGGUGCGGACACUGACAAAGCAGAAAAAAAGAAAUAUGGGAACACCGCCAAAAAAAAGAAUGAUAAAACCUGACGGUGCCCAAACACUUUAUUACUUUCGUAAGAGGAAGAGAACGUGAUUCACUUAACGUGAUCGCAGUCUGGUUCAGAAGUUCUGAACCUGAGGUGACCAAAGCUUUACCACAGAAGAAAAAGUCAUGUGACUCUACAGAAUCUGAAGAUGAGUUCCUGGAGGAGGUCCAGUCUGUCCAGGGUUACAAUCUCAAUCUGAGUGUAAAGAGUUCACCGACUGACACCGGUGCCAAACGGGUACAGACCUCUCCGCAGCUGCAAAACCCAAUCUGUGACGCGCAGAUGUCAGGUGACCAGAUGCCGAUUCAUACCAGCAGUACCGACGAAUACCCGCAGAUGGCGCAAGAGGAACACGAAGCUUUAUCAACACUGCAUUUAUUAAAUGUGUUGCUCCACCG